AUGUCGUUUUUGGACGCCGACAGCUCGCUAAAUGACAAGAAAAACGCUCCACAAACCACUGUCACUUCAUAUGCACGUCUACAAUGGCAAAGCCCCAUGACCGCAACGAUUGCGUCCAACAGAUACAGGAGCAAUCACCGGGUGCUGGGAAACAUUGUCAAUGCUUUGAUAAACUUACAAAAGUACACAGAAAUGUGUUCGGUGCUACCGGAAGACAAACAGGGACCGGUGCUGGACGACAUCCGAAAGAUCAGCAAGGAGAGGUGGCGGCAACGGGGCGCGGCACCGAUGACGUCGGCGUCCACGGCGAUGGCGCGUCACGGCCGGUCCGCGACCGACGGGCUGACCGGCGUCUACCGGUCGACGUCCGAACUGUCGUACGUCCUCGUGACGGCCCCGACCGCAGACGAUGGCGACGGCCGCAGGGCGAGUGGCCGGAGGACGGCCGACGCGGGCACUCUGAUGGCCACGGUACGGGCGGCCAGGCGCAGACAGUCCAUGUCGGCCACCGUGGUGUACAACCCGGCGUUCUACGACGCGCCGGACUCGCCGCCCGUGGCCACUCCGCCGGCCAUCAACCCGGCGGGCCAGCCGUAUCUGCGCAUGACGCCCGAAAACGGGUUCAGUCUGCACAGCGAACAGCGGUCGUCACCGGAUCCGGAAGCUCAGUGAUGGCGCUAGGAGAUGACCGCGAUGUGGGGAAGAACAGUCGGUUCGUCAAUGAUCAGUACAAAAUGUAAUAUGUGUGUGUGGAAGAACUGUGAGCACAGGUUAACCUGAUAUUAUGCCGGAUGGCUAAACAAGGUUGUACGCCACGUGACCGUGAAAAUAAAACACGAAAUAUCUUCGACUAUAAAUUUUGAUAUAAUAUUUAACGACAAAUAAUAAUAUGGUGUAUGUGUGGCCUGGUGUGACGCGGUGGGUGGUUUGCCUCAGUCGCUAACGUGUUCUGAGGUCAAGCAUCAGCCGUUGUCGUCAGCUUCCGGAUGGGUAACCAUCCGGCCUUUUAAUGACAAAGCCUCGCCCGCCGCAUAUACACGUGUUCCAAAAACAGUGCCUUCCCCGCAGUAAAAAAAAAAAAAAUAAUAAUAAUAACACGUGCACCUACCUGUAAUAUUGUUAUAUUAUAUUUGGGCGCAUAAUACAAUCUAAUUAUGCGUUUUCGCAUUCACGUUUUCAAGUUCAACGCCCACUAAGUGCGUAUUGCGUGUACGUAAAAAUUACAAAAAAUCUCAAUAGUAUACAAUAUUGAAAAACGUGUUGUGACUUUCUUAAUGUUUCACGUUUAAUGUAUAUUUCCUAUAAAAUGGUUAUGUUAGGCUGUAGUGCUGUACUUAAAUCACUAUCCAUUUAUGGGUAUCUAUAUUUUUCUUAAAGUUUUA